GCAAUCUGUGAUGGGGAGCCGAAUGUGACUAGACAGCGGAACCCUCUUUACAGUGAUUUUGUUUCCGGGGGGAAGUAGAAUGGUGUAGGACCACGCGCAGGAAGAAAGCAUGGAGGUAAAAGAUGCAAAUGCGGCAUUGCUAAGUAAUUAUGAGGUUUUAUAUCUGCUUACAGACUUGAAAGCACAGCAAAGGGAGGCAAGAAAAAAUAAGAACAGUGUUGGACAGCAGAAUCUUAAUACCAUCAUGUAUGAGACACUGAAAUAUUUGUCCAACACACCCUGCCAGCGUCAGAGUCCCGAAAUAGUGCAGAAGUUCCUAACUGCAAUGAAAUCACAUAAAUUGACCAAAGCAGAAAAGCUGCAACUACUUAACCAUCGGCCCAUGACAGCAGUGGAAAUCCAGCUGAUGGUGGAAGAGAGUGAAGAGAGGCUGACAGAAGAACAGAUUGAGCAGCUUAUUCAGACAACAAAAGGCAUUCUUCCUGGAGAUCCUGAAUCUGCAACACAGGAGGAGACUAAAAUGGAAGAGGAUGAUGUUCCAAUAGGAUAAAACAUAUUCAUCAAUAACAAACAAAAUCUAUUCUACAGUUCUGUUUUGUUUUAUGAAAUAUUUUGUUGGAUAAUCUAAUAUCUUAAAAUAUUAUGAAUUCACACAAGUGAAAAAUAUCCUUGUGUAUCUUCAGUUCCACCAAUUUAUUCCAUACAUUUUUCUGUGAAGAAAAUGCUGUAUUUUUUUUUUUUUUGGGAGGGGGGGGGGGUUAACGUAUUUGCGUGAAAGUAUGACUAGAUUGUGAAUGCUAUAAAACUGUGGUUAAUGAAA